GUCCGCGUUGAGACGCUGAAGGCUUGGCUGAAGCGCCCGAAGAAGUAUUGGGAGACGGGCGUGCACGCGUGGGUGGACAACAAGAGCUGGGUCAUGCCCCUCACUCCGAAGCAGCGCGCCAAGUACAGGCAAACCCUGGUAACUGGACACCUUCGCAAGCCAAGCGAGGGGACGGAGAAGGGCAUGACGAAGCCUCGGCAGAACCAUUCUUUCCUGGGCAUCCCAUCGGUCUGCGUGACAGCGGCGGUUGCCAAGGACCGGGUCAUUCUGUGGCACGCGCAGGACGGCAAGUGGAAUGGGCAGAAGGCCGCAGACACCUACUCUGGGCAACUUCUAAAGGCGCUGCGACGCACCUGGGGGCCCCGCAAAUCUUACACUAUCGUUGAAGACGGGGGCCGGAAGGGCAACCAGAGCCAAAAGGGCAUCGACGCUAAGUCUGCGUGCGGCAUCAAGGCUCUCACGCUCCCGCCGCGGACCCCCUCGGUGAUGCCCCUGGACUUCUCCAUAUGGAAGGCCAUAGAGAAGCGCCUUGUCCAGACGGCGCCCAAGACGACGGAGACCAAGGACGCCUUCCUCCAGCGGCUCAAGAGUUGCGCGCAGAAGUUGCCGAAGAACUACGUGAAGAGCGUGAUUGCGCGAAUGCGCCCAAAUAUGCAGGAUAUCGUCGACGCCGACGGCUACGCCCCGAAGAACGACUGA